GACAAUGAAUAAUUGUUUUUUAAAGCAGGUUAGCAGAUGGGUUUUUGUCAUAUACAUGACGGGAAGAGAGGAGAACCCAGUUCUCAAAUAAUUCCUCUAAACAGGAGGUGAGAGCAGCUCAUCACUCCUGUCUCACUAAAUGUCAGCAGCUGGCACUAUCAUCAGUAUCUUUUUAACCACUAAGGCACAGACCAGUUUGUGAGGACUGAUGGAAACAGGGCUCAACAGAGUCACAGGCACAGCGGUGCCAUCUGACAGGCUGGGAGGGACACAGUGUCCUUCUGGGGCAGCAGAAAAAGCAGAGGCACAGACUUUGUCCAUCCUCCUAAGCAGAAAGGCUGGCUUGUGGCUCCUUCAUCCAUCUUGCUAAGUCCUUUCAUUGUCACAUGAAAGCAAAAAUAGCCUUUGUCCCUUAGCUUUUGACCUGAUAUUGCAAAAAUACAAGAGCCUGGAGAGUUAGAGGAACACUUUCAGGACUGUUCACUGCAGGGAGCUUAAUCUGAGGAAGAUCAAACCCAAUUUUCCCAGGUAACUGCACUUAUACCUUCAUGUGUGGUCCAGUUGAGAGGAGGACCAUGCUUUUGAAACAAGCCUCCUGAUGGCUGCAGCUGUCCUUUGCUUUGCGACACAGAGCAGCCCAAGAGCACGCAAGUCAGUUGGGUACCACAGCUUUCAUUUCCAGGGGAGCCCAUUGGGGACAGCAGCAGACUACUGCUUUUUGCCCCUGCCUGGAGUUGUGACAGGCCUCAGAGGGAUGAGGUGGGCAGUGUGGGAGAGCCUGGCAUGGUCUGGAGGCCUAAGGGUCAAGCUUGGUGAGAGAGGAGUGAAUUACCUCACUCUGGCCCCUGGGGAUUCUGCCCUGUAACUCCCCUGCCCUAUUACCUACUGGUAUCUACUGACAAUCAGAAGGUAGUUAAAAAGCAAGAGAAACAAAAGGGAAAUACCAUUUUUAUGAGCCUAUCUCAAGGAUGGCAGGCUCCAACUCAUUCACUAUUUAGUAAAUCCUCUCUGGAGAGGACAGAAGGAAAGGACACUUUCAAUUUAGGCAACAGGGGAUAUGAUCUGCAGUUCCAGUGAGCGUCAUGGAUGGGUUGUUGGUCAUAGGCACAAAAGAAAGUUACAGAAUGGUAUGAGCAAACAAUCAACCAAUAAUUUCAGUAGAACUACUCGUGUCAGCUUACACUCCUGAUUUAUUAGGAGAAAGUUCUAUCACAGUGUGAAAUACUAAUAAAGAUGAAUCGAUAUUAUUUUGUAGUGUAUUCUCAUGUGAAUACGAAUUGUAGAUUCAAGCAAGUUUUUCAUAUGUUUACAGUCUGAUGUUGCCAUCAUUCUGCAUCUGAUUAACAGUUAGGUCACACGUUCAUUUUUCUGGGGGUAAACCCUUCAUAGAAUCGUAGAAUCAUAGAAUCACAAAGGUUGGAAAAGACCCACAGGAUCACCCAGUCCAACCAUUCACCCAUCACCAAUAGUUCUCGCUAAACCAUGUCCCUCAACACAACGUCCAAACGUUCCUUGAACACCUCCAGGGUCAGUGACUCCACCACCUCUCUGGGCAGCCCAUUCCAGUGCCUGACCACUCUUUCAGAGAAGUAGUAUUUCCUAACGUCCAGCCUGAACCUUCCCUGGCACAGUUCGAAGCCAUUCCCUCUAGUCCUAGUAGCUAGUCCCUGGUAACACUGUGUGUCAUUCAUCUUUGUUGUGGUUGAACCCAGUAGCAGCUGAACACCACACGGCCAUUUGCUCACUCCCCACCUUCGUGAACCCAAUGAGGAGGAGAAAAGACUCUAAAAACCAGAUUAGUUCUAAAAAUACGUCACCCUUAAGUGGUGUCUGAGGCACUGAUAAUUUCUUCCCUCCCCCAGAGCCUGAAUAUGUGCAGGUUGAACAUGGUGGACCUCCCAUGGGCGGCUGCAGUGUUGUGCUCCAGGCACCCUAUACCUGUUGCAUACAAGACAGUGGCCUUAUGAUCAGCCACCUGGAAGCCCCGGAGUUGCUGCUGGAUAGGUGUGACAUCACAGGCACCACGAGGGCAACCACACACAUUGUGAGCUCAGCAGCUUCCAAUUCCUGUAUCCCUUUAGAAGCCAACAUGCAGCGCUUUACAAACCCACUUCUCAGGCACAUAAUUCCUAGGGGAUGUUUUGAUGUUGCUUCAAAGACACAGUGCUUGCAGUAUUUAAGAGCUCUGAGGGACCUGCAGCGUAAUGGUUUCAACACUAUCUUCUUAGGGGAAACAGAUAUUACAGAAAGUCUUAUAACAGGAGAAAAAAUAACUGAGGAGGCCAGCCUACAUUGGCCAGUAUGGACACUUGUUCAUGCUGGCAGCAGCCAAGGGUGGGUGCCAUGGAAGUACAAACUGCUGUUAAGAAAUGAACUGCCCACUCAAAAACAGAAUGGUGUCUUUCAGGAGUUGUGUGAUUCUCUGACCAUGUCCUAUGGGAAAUGCAUAAUUGUGACAAGAGAUAAAAGGCAGCUGAAAGGUGCAGGGGCAAAGAACAGCAAGGAGCAGGAGACAAGAUUACUGCCUUCAGUCCCACCAGUAAUCUACAUGUCCAGCAUCCAGUGUUGCCCUGAGACUGCUAGAGCCAAUGGCCAUGAGCUUCUUGCUGUGCCUCCGUUUUACACCUACCUCUAUCCAAUGGAUGUUGCCUGGUCUUCUCUGAAAUGGUUUAUUAUAAACAACAGGAAGGACUUUGCCCUGAGGUCUGUUGAGAAUACCCACUCCUACAGAUGUAUCCUCUUCAAUGAUCUGAUUAUUAAAGGAAUAGAGAAGAUGACCCCGAACAAAUGGAAGAUAGCGAUUAACAAAGUGAAGAAAUGGGAAAACUACUACCUUGACUCACUUUCUUAAAUGGUUCUUCCUAUUUUCAGGCCUCAGAUGUGCUUUGAUACUGGUUCCUCCUUUUGUUCAAAGGAUAUAAACUUUAAAAGCAAUGUCAAUUGUACUAAUAAAAGAAAUCAUUUUAAAUCUGAA